AUGAUUCAACAAGGAGUCUUUGCUGUUGCUGAGCAUGCUAUUACCACAGCUUCUGCCCCAUCUGCUGAUGCUGCCAGAUCUCGUGCCUUGGCUCUUUAUAGAAAAUGGCAAAAAUCUGUUCCUGAUAUGAUGAAGCUUCACGAAAUCAACUUGCCAACCUCAGCUAUUCGUGCUAAAAUUCGUGAAGAAUUCGAAAGACACCGCAAUGUUGAAAAGCUUGAAGUUCGUGACAUUUUGUACGCUAAAGGACAAAUGGAAUACCAAGAAGUUAUGAACGUCUGGAAGCAAAACAACCAUAUUAUGAAUUAUUUCCAAAAGGAAGAAGCACCACCCAAGCCAACAACCUUCUUGGACAAGUUUUAUGAAGGCAGAUUUUAA